UUCCAAUCAAGAAGGAAGGAAGAAAGAAAAAAAAAUACCGCGAAAUAUUUUUCCUCAAGAGGAAAACGCGAAUUUUAACUCCAGUCAGAAACUAACCUCCCAUCAGAUCGUCCACGUAGAUAGACGUUCCAGCGGGCAGCCAAGCAUAGAACGGCCCCGCGUAUAGGAAUUGUGAACAUAUUUAUUAUUUUACUUUAUUUCUGUUUGCCUCGCCUGUUUUUUUUUAAGAAAUGGUUAGAUGUUUAAUUCAUGAUUGAAAAUACAGUUGUUUUCUAUCGAGAACUUCCGUGUAGACGCAAGAUUCAUAGAACCUUCACGCAUGAAGCGGCUUUUUACGUACAAGAAAUGUACAAUUUGAUUUUUUUUCCUUUGGAUUGAAAUGUUCCUUUGUGGAUGUUACUGAGAGUGACUAUUUUGUUUAUACAUUUUGCUGAUGCUCGUUAAAUGUUGUAGUCAAGAUGUUUAUAUUACAGAUAUUUUCCUCUUUAACUAAGUUGUAUGAAAAGGAGAUUGACAAAAACAAGAAGCAUGAAAUGAAACGCUACCUUGAAAAUUAACGAUUAUGAAACAUAAUGCAAAACGCGAAACAGAUGAAAAAUAUACACUGACGGAAAUGGCCAACAAGAGGAAUUAUUCUUCCCUCUAUCCUUCAGAGGAACCCCAAGACGAUGAGGAGGAUUAUGAGAAAGCAAUCACAGCCACAGGAUACGGGUUCUUCCACUACUGGCUGGUUGCGAUCGGAGGGAUUGCCAAUGCCAGUGAUGCAGUGGAGAUCCUCUGCGUGUCCAUCCUUUUACCAGCAGCAGAGUGCGACCUUCACAUGUCCUCUAGUGACAAGGGCUUGCUCAAUGCUGGGGUGUUUAUGGGUAUGAUGGUUGGUGGAUACAUCUGGGGAAGCUUAGGUGAUAUUUAUGGAAGAAAGAAUGUUUUGGUUGUUUCGCUGAUGGUGAACGCCAUUGCAGGAAUUGUGUCUUCUUUCAUGCAAAGUUUCCCGUUAUUCUUCACAAUGCGGUUUAUAUCUGGCUUAGGAGUGGGCGGCAGCAUUCCCCUCGUGUGGGCAUACGUGAGUGAGUUCCAGCCUGCUGGUAAAAGAGGGGGAGCUCUGAGUGUCAUUGCAGCAUUCUGGAUGGUUGGAAAUAUUCUAGUUGCAGUUUUAGCACUGGCUAUAAUUCCCUAUGAUAUUGGGUUUGUCACUCCUACCUUCAGCUUCAAUUCAUGGCGGAUUUUCCUGAUUGUAUGUGCCUUGCCUUCUUUCAUCAUUGGCAUAGUGUUGAUUUUCAUGCCUGAAUCGCCUAUGUUUCUGCUGCUGAAGGGAAGACACAAUGAAGCAAUUGAAAUUCUACAGAAUAUCUAUGAACAAAAUACGUCAAAUCCUUCAAGGAGUUAUCCUGUAAGAAAGGUGACUAUAGCCAACGUUAAAAUCCAGACAGUUUCCUCAGGUAGUGUGUGGAAAAUUCUGAAAGACAUAUGCGUUCAGAGUUGGCGCCAAAGUAAUGCACUCUUUAGCCGAUCCCUCCUGCGCGUCACUUUGCUUAUGCUCUUUAUUAAUUUUGCUAUUCAGUUUGGGUACUACGGACUUUGGUUGUGGUUCCCAGAAUUGUUCAAUCGUCUUCAGUUAUACUAUAAUGACCAUCCAGGUGAUAAGGUAAGCGUUUGCGACCUGACAAACUUCAAGGGGAAUGAGACAGUGCAAACGUCCAAUUGCAAUUCAGGGGAAGAGAUUGUGGAUCCACAAGCACUUGUAAAUACACUGAUUACAGCUGUGGCCCCACUACCAAGCAAUCUCUGGACCAUUUUCUAUAUGGAUAGACUCGGCAGGAAAUUUUUCCUUGUGCUCAGCAUGGUGUUAUCGGGGGGAUCAGCCUUUGGCAUAUACUUUGUAAAAAGUGCAACAGAUAACCUCAUUCUCAGCUGUGUUUUCGGUGCAGUUUCAACAAUGGGUUUUAAUGCCCUAGACUGCCUUGGAGCAGAACUUUUCCCGACACAUCUACGAUCAACUGCAUUGGCAGUCACCUUGCUGGCUGCUCGCCUUGGAGCAAUAGCAGGGAAUUUGGUGUUUGGCAGUUUAAUUGAUGUGUAUUGUGCAGUACCAAUGUUUAUGGUUGCAUGCCUUUUAAUUGCUGGAGGUGUUAUGGGGCUUCUGCUUCCGAAUACAACAAGAGUGGCAUUGACGUAAUUCCAGUUGAUGAAAAGUAUCUUCUAAAGAUGAAGAAAUGUUUUUUUUCUCUUUUUUAUGGCUAAAUGUACUGUGAGAAUUUUUAAUUAGAGUAUUUUAUUUCAUCAGAAGUGCAAUUGACCUUCUGAAAUGGGAACUGCUUAUAAUGCACAUUCCAAUACUUAUGUUUUGUUUUUUUCUUGCAACAUCACUCGGUUAUUUGAUGCAAGUUCUUUUACACACUUCUUACUUCUUUCACUUACAGAUACACUAUACUUGCUUUUAUAUAUAUGUAAAACCCUCAGAAUCACAAGCUACUUUCUGCCAUAAGCAAAAAGCUCAAUAAAAACAUGUCAAACAUCUUUUUACUUCAAAAAUGCCACAACAUUGAAAGGAAGGCAGAUACUCCCUUGUUUUAUUUUUUAUGUGUAUGAAAACAUUAAUUUGAAGAUACAAACACUCACAUCUAAAAAAAAUAUAUAAAUAACUAGACAAUAAAAUUUAAAAAUCAAAGUCCAUUAACUCGUGCCAUGAACAGUCAGACCUGUGCAAAUUAUGCAUGCAAAAUUGAUGUUUUCUUGUUUCGUUCUGAGAAACAUACAUUUGGGGUAAGUGUGUGUUUCUUGUGCAUCUAA